AUGUCCAAUUUGGUUACAAUUGCAUCCAAAACAGUCACCAUUGCACAACUCAAUCAACUCCAUGCACACCUCAUUCAGAACUCCCUUCAUCGCCAUGGCUUCUGGCUCGAGCUUCUCCUAGACCACUGCACGCGUCUCCGCGCACCACCGCUUUACGCUCGUCUCCUUUUCCACUCCUCCUCCUCUCCGAACAUCUAUAUUUUCACCUCCAUCCUCAGGUACUACUCUCAGACGGGUGAUCAUGGUGAAGUGCUCUGUCUUUUUCGGCAAAUGAAUAAUUCUUGUAAUGUAAAGCCCGAUGCUUAUGUCUACCCGAUUGUGAUCAAAUCAGCUGGUAAAGCUGGGAUUAUCUUCCAUGCUCAUGUUCGUAAACUGGGUCAUUUUCAAGAUCCGUAUGUGAGGAACGUGAUUAUGGAUGCGUAUGGGAAGUACGGGUGUACUGAGAUUGCACGGAAGGUGUUUGAUGAAAUGUCUAGUAGAAAGGUGGCGGAUUGGAAUUCAAUGAUUUCUGGGUACUGGAAGUGGGGGAACGAGGAGGAAGCUUGUAGGUUGUUUAAUAGUCAGUGA